AUAGACAUCUGAGUCGCUCUCUGUCUAUUUAUAUGUAAAUUAAAAAGAAAAAAGAAAAAAGAAAAAUCCUCUUCUUUUUGCAAAACCUCGGUGAAUAUGCCUACUCUGCACGACCACCGCCACCACCACGGCGGUUCUCUGCCUCAACCACCACUUCCGAAACCAAACCCGAAAGUCCUAUCUAUGAUUCUUAAAUCAACAAUAAUGAUCGCUAUUACCACCCUUUUCUUCCUCUUCCUAGGCGUCGCGGCUAUUCUCCUCCUACUCGCGACCGCCGCCCUCCACCGACACUCCGGCCCUUCCAAUUCCACCAAUGGACUGUCUUUCAAGGACCUGAAAAAGCUUCCUCAAUUCAAAAUUUCAAAGAAAUCGAAGCCGGAAGCGGAAGCCGAUUGCGUUGUCUGUUUAGAUGGGAUAAAGCAAGGUCAGUGGUGCAGGAAGCUUAUCGGGUGCGGUCACGUUUUCCAUAGGAAGUGUGUAGAUGCAUGGCUCGUUAAGGUCUCUGCUUGCCCUAUCUGUAGGACAAGAGUCCAUUUGGGUUCAGAGACUCUGGUGGAGGAUAGGCCACUCUGGGGCUUUGGCUGGACUAAUGAUCCAAGGGUUUGGUAGAUAAUCGUGUAGAGACAACAUUGAAGUCUCAAUGAGCCAUAAUUGACAGAAGAAAGAUGUUAUUUAAUUCUGCAUAUUGAUGAUCAAAGUUCAGGUUCUGCCAAAUAUCUGAAUUGACUAUCAAAAUUGCAGAGGAUUGGUUUAAAUCCAUUAACUAAAUAGUAAAUAAUUAUCUAUGAAUAAUUAUGUUAUCCAACCAAAUUGUGUUUAUAAGGCAAUUGAAAAAUCAAUUAUCAUAUUGUUUGUUAUUAUCAAUAACAAUUGCGUUUAAUGUGAUUUCUUUAGCCUUUCUGGGAUUUUUUUUUUCAAAGAAGGAAAAUAAGUAUUGAAAAUAUAUGGAAAUGUAUUUUUUCUUAUUUGGAAAAGGAAGAAAAUAUUUUAAUAUAUAGAAAAUAUUUUUUCUUUUAGCUUGUAGUCCAUAGUCCCUACCACUCAAGUUUUCGUUUUUACCCUCGAGUUCCAAUAUGGAGCAACAAUGCAAAACCUUUAUAAAUCUCUCCCUUGUUGCGUCAGACAUCACCAAAAGUUUUUCUACUAAUAAUAAUUGACUUCCAUUGGAUAUAAAAAAAUAUAUAUAUAUUUCGAAAAGAUCUUUAUUAGUUCACCAAUUCCACAAUCCUAAUUCAACAAAUAUCGCAUUUAGUGGAUAAUUACCUGAAAUUAGCUGCCUGCCCAAUUCCCAGCAGAAGCUGCUACAAUUCAUUUAUUAUAACAAUGAUGUUAGUCUUGUUCUGUCUAUUCUGACGUUAUGGUAAGUAAGAGUAGGAGAUAGAAAUUGUGUGAUCUUCACUUGGACAGUUUAAAAGCAAGUUUAAUUUCAAUGUUGUUACUUGCUCUUAAUGAAUCUAGACUUUGGACUUAAAAUUAUAAGUUGGGUAGGUUUGGUUUGAAGUGUGACAAUUCUAGGAACAGCUACAACAAAUUCAGAAAGUGACUUGCUUUUUCUUAUGUAAAAUUGUUUGCAUUUUGAAACAUUUACUUGUAAUUUUAAACUUGCAAUUUUAUUUUGUCUAUCUAGCACAUAAUUUGUCAAUGAGCUCAGUCUUGCUCUUAUAAGAAGAGCCACCUACCUCCAUUGCGUCCCUGGCUGCUUUCUCCAACUUUUGAGCCUUUUACCUUGUUUUUUGCCCCCUCUCUCCUCCCAUCAAUUCUCUUGCUCCAUCACAUACACCCUUUAUUUCUAUCGACAUUGUUGCCCAUCCUGACGGCCUGCCCAUUUCAACUCUCAAUCCUGCCUCUAUUUCCUCCACCACCUGCUUUGCAUUUAAUGGUUGCUCGGCGUUCAUGGGCAACGCCAACAGUGGAACUCCCAUUGAUAGGCUCUCCAGAACCGAAUUCCAACCACAAUAGCUCAGAAACCCACCAAUAGCAGUGAGCUAAUAUCUGUCUUUGCUCCACCCAUUCUCUAACUAUUAACCCCCUUCCUUUUGCCCUGUCCUCUAACCCGUCCGGCGGAGACCAUAUUCUCGACCUAAUCACCCAUAAGAAACGGUGACCAGACAUCUCCAAUCCUGUACCAAUCUCAUCAAAAUCUCGUCAGAUAAAUGUGCUUGUGAACCAAAUGAUACAUAUAUAGCUGAUGCUGGCCCAGAGGCAUAAACAUCAAGCCAAUUUAUGCAAUUGGCAGAUAAUGGACUUAUAUUUUGUUUAUCAAUAGUCUCUUUAUUGUAUAAAAUGGCAGGUCCUACGCACCAUGCUUUAGCUCCAUUUUUAUAAAAGCUCUCAAAAAAUGACUCUGUGUUUGCCUUCCAAUUCCUCAAAACUGUUAAGAACUAUCCCCCAGCUUUCAAUAUCAGCCUCUCCUGACUCGGCCGUGAAUUUUGCAAAAGGCGAAUCAUCUUCCAGGAACCUAAAGUUCUCUGGCAAGUCCAAUUUGGUCAAUAAGAAUUUGAGUUGUGCUUCUGACAAGCAAAAUAGGCUUACUCCCAGAAUCUAUGCUUCGGUGUAGCUUAUGCUUCCACACUGAUUUUGCUAUGGCCAUAGAUAGUGCACCGAUUCCAUGGAAGACAAGCCUAGGAAUAUUAAACUCGCGACAAGUUUCUACUGUCCAUCCUAAGAAGAAGUCUGAGAUUACACAAAUGGGGCAACAUUUAUUUUCCAGCAUUCCUGAAGAACAUUAUAAAACGGCUUUUGGAGUUUCUUUGUUGCGUUCACGAAGGGGACAAGGAACUCAACAGAAGGGAGUUGAGCAGUGUUCUGGCAAUUCUCCGGAAGGCCAUUGAUGGGAGGGAAUGGGAUUUCUAUAAGAUGGAUUUGUGGGUAGUUACAACUAUGGGGGAAAAUAAAGGAAGCAUUCAAUGGAGUGGUGAUGAUAGUGAUUUUGAUUCCAAGUCGCGAAAAUACCUUGGAAAUGUCUAGGAUUGGAAGAAUAUGGCCUAAUGACAUGAAUGGGAAGACAACUAUAUGGGGUCUUGCUGCUUUCGUUUCUGAGGAAGCCAUUUAUGUGCUUCUUGAGAAUGCAGGAGACAUUUUAUAGGUGAUUGUGUAUCUGAGAAUUCAAGGGAGUGAAAUUGAUCGAUAUUAGUGGAUGUUAUUGGCAGGGACAAGCAACUAUUCAAAUUUUCUUUGCAACUCUUCUCUUAGGAUACGGUUGUGUCGAGACAAAUAUUUGGCAGCAUUCUGUGGGCAUUAUUGUAACUUGAUAUCGAUUUAUUGCUUGUUUCUUUUUGGAAUUCCUCAAGAGGAAAGUAGUUUUAGGAAUUAAAACUAAAUGAAUUUCUUUUAUAAAUCAUCUGUUAUAACAA